AAGAGGACACAUUUUGGUCAGUGUGUCUUCCACACGAUCUUCAGAGGAAAUCAGAGGAAACGUUUCUUCUUCUCUCUUUUUUUUUUUCUCGGCAUUUUUCUUCUUCGCGGUGAGAUGGUUUGUUCAUUUGUUCAAAAAGUGAAUCAUGCUCCUCACAGGCGGUCAGACGACUUCCAUGCGCACGUUUGUCUUCAGCUGCAUCAUGGUGUUGUGUUUCGCUGGACUUUUCUUCAUGUAUUACAAGCCUGAUGUCAACUUCCCAACUUUUGCCGUUUACACGGAGAGAAGUAACCACUCUUGUCAGUGUCCAGUGGACGCAGUGGAGCAGAGAUCGAACCCCAACUGUUCCUCCGAGCCGCAGAUCGACCCAACUGACGUCCAGAAGAUCCAGGAGGACGCUGAGCCCGACACUGUUGUCUUGGUCUGGUUCUGGCCGUUUGGUGCUAAGAUUAAUCUCAACUGCGACACACACAAUUUCAAAGGAUGCGUCUUGACGGCGGACAAGUCUCGCUAUGAUGAAGCCCAUGGUGUUCUCAUCCACCACAGGGACAUCAGACGGGACAACUUGCCAAAAGAUCCUCGUCCCUGGUUCCAGAAGUGGGUGUGGUAUAAUAUGGAGUCACCAACAAACACACAGCAAGUCCCUCACAUUGAUGAAUUAUUCAACUUGACCUGCAGUUAUCGCCUGGAGUCAAACAUCCCUGUGCCUUAUGGACAUUUGGAGCCACGAGCAUCUGGAGAGGAGACUUUCCAAGUGCCACCAAAGGACAAGCUGGUCUGUUGGAUUGUGAGCCACUGGAACCCACAUCUUAUAAGAGUUCAGUUCUACAAUGAAUUGAAAAAACAUGUGAAUAUAACUGUUUAUGGACGAGCUUUUAGAAAGCCCACAACUAAAGAAGAAUAUGAUCCCAUUGUAUCUCGUUGUAAAUUUUACCUGGCCUUUGAAAACUCUGUGCACAAAGACUACAUUUCAGAGAAGUUGUAUCGCCCUCUGAUGUUAGGAACUAUACCUGUUACUCUGGGCCCCACAAGGCAAAACUAUGAGGACCAUGUCCCGGGUGAUUCUUUCAUUCAUGUCCAUGACUUCCCCACAGCAAAGCAGCUGGCAGACAGGCUACUUUACCUCGACCGAAAUGAUACUGAAUACAAGAAAUACUUUGACUGGACAAAAAAGUAUAAAGUUAAAAGGGCAGUGUUUGGUACAACACACGCCUGCAAAACAUGCGCUUACCUACAACAACACAGAGGGUACGAGGCUUCUCGGAAUCUUAAAGAGUGGUUCUGGGGUUAAUGUGAAACAGAUU